AAGAAAGAAAAAUGAAAAUAAAAAGAAGAGGAAAGCUCUCUACCCGCACGCCCUAGUCCCCUUCGCCGGCGGCGAGCGCGGCGGCGGCCUGCGUCCACCACCGCCAUCGCCAUGGAACCAGGAGCUGCGUUGCGCGCUUACCUCCCGGACGAUCUCGUCGCCGACAUCCUCACCCGUCUCCCCGCCCGCUCCGUCUGCCGGUUCCGCGCCGUGUGCAGGUCAUGGCGCGCCCUCGCCACGGAGCGGCAGUUCGUCCUCGCCCACGCCGCCCGCGACCGCGCCGCCGCGGUCCCCAUGAAUCACCACCACCGCAAGGUCCACCCGCCCUUCUCUCCCUCCCCCCGCCGCGGCGGCGGCGAGCCCACCGUCAUGCUCGCCUUCGUGAUGAUCUGCCGCCGCAACGAGCCUGACCGCUCCUUCUACUUGGAAUCGCGCGAGGACGGCGCCUGCAAGCUCCUGGGUUGCUGGGAUGGGAUGAUGUGCAUCGAUGUCAGGAGAGACUCGCCGGCUUGCCGCGACGGCAUCGUGGUGGUCAACCCAAUCUCCAUGGCUUACGCCGUUGUCCGCAGCCCGAUGCCCGAUGGCGGCGAGUUCAUCGCCGGGUACGCCCAUCCGGACACCUUCGCCUUCCACCUCAUGUAUUGCUGCCACAAUCAGGGUAAGGUGAUCUUCCAGGUCAUCAAGGCUGGAGACUCGCAAUGGCGUGAGAUUGCUGCAGAUCGCCUCGCGAUAUCUGGGAUCGAUUUUGAUAAGCAAGGUAUCAGCUCUGUCGCGCUGCACGGGGGAUUGCAUUGGCAGCUGCGAACAAAUUCAGGACAAUGGGUGAUGCUGGUGUAUGAUAUGGUCACAGAGAAGUUCAGAUCAAUAGCCGCGCCGCAAUGCGCGAUUACUUGGGUAAGAGGACUCUCUGUGUUGUCCGGCAGACUGUGCAGCAUUGUCAUCCCCGAGUCCAUGACCGCGGAGAUCUGGGUUCUUGAGGACUAUCAUGAGCACCGGAGUUGGCAUUGCAUUAGGGAAAUUGACAUGGCUGCUUCUGCCGAGCGAAUAAAUUUAGAGAAUUUUUGGGAUUCAGACUUGAGGAUGUUCCUCAAGGUGGACGUGGAGCAGGGUAUUGAGCAUGAGGUUCAAGAGAUCAUAAUUCACCAUGGGAACAAGAUCAUCUCGCAGCCCUGCUCUGUUUAUGAAUUGCGGCGCAAUGAGGCUGUCUACAAUGUUAGGCACAACGUCUGGCACAAGAGUACGAUGUGCUUUAAUGAAGAGUCCAUCAUGUACAAGGAGAGCAUUGUGCCAUACCAGAUGAGCUUUGGCAUGAAGUCACAGUUUUGUGAAAGGAAACGUGGUGCCUUGCAGUUUUCUGAAGGGCAACAUGUUUACCAUCUUCCUCUUUGAGUAGCUGAGAAUGAACUUACCUAUUAGCUAUAUAUCUCUUCUGCCUAAGAACAUUAUCAUGUUAUUUUACUGAUUACAUUGAUCCAUCGAACACUAUUUCUUACUGGCCCUCAUAAUGUUUUCUCAUGGGCCUCGUGCCCUCGUAAGGUUUUACCAUCAACUCCAUGGCGCAAGCGCCUUGUGUCACCUGAAGUUUAAGUAAUUCUCUCGUAUGUUUGUUUCUUGCUGGAUGAUGCUAAUAGAGGAUAAAAUAAUGUAUGUUCAAGCUUUCUGUCUUUUCAAAUUCGGGUCACAUUGAUAAACUUCAUAGGCCUGUUCUGCACUAUUUUUUUCAUGACUAUAUACAUACUCCUUUUGUGGUUAAGAAAGAAAUAUGAUCAUAUA